UGCUUUGCUGAGUGAAUUUGCAUGAAAAUGACCCCGAAUAAAGUCCCGCCAUCUAACCCGAGCGACCUCAAUAUCACAGCAGGUUUGAUGCCCCGGUCAGAGCCCGGUUGCUUGCGCUGAAAAUGACCCUGCCUCUCCGCCGUGCAGGAAUGGCCUCCACUGGGAACCUUUCCGAAGAGCAGGUGCAUUGCUCCAUCUGUCUGGACGUCUUCACCAACCCCGUCUCCAUCCCCUGCGGACACAACUUCUGCCAGGGCUGCAUCCUGGGAUACUGGAAGACCAGCCCCCUGUACCAGUGUCCCAUGUGCAAGAAGUCCUUCUACAAAAGGCCCGACAUCAGCAUUAACACGGUGCUGAGGGAGAUCGCCGAGCAGUUCAAGGAGAUCCGGGUUAAAACCGCGGAGGAAGAUUCGAGCAAGGAGGAGUGCGACAAGACGAUGGAGAGGAGGAAGAAGGAGGAUGAGGAGCGGCUCCUGGAGGAGGACCUGAAGCAGCAGCUGGUGGAGGAGCUGAAGGAGAAGCAGGAGGAGGAGAGGAGGAAGAAGAAGCCUCUACCAGAGGAGCUCCCACCUCUGAUCCCCAGAACCUCUCCUCCACCGUCACCCCAAGCCUCCGCUCAGGAGACUCCACCACCUCCGCCUCCUCAAACAUCUCCCCCGCCCUCCCCUCAAACCCCUCAGGCCUCACCUCCACCUCCACCCCCACCUCCCCUCGCUCCUCCUCUUCUUAUCUGGGAGGACGUCCUCUGCGAUGUCUGCCUUGGGGACGGCAGGCCCAAGGCGGUCAAGUCCUGCCUGGUGUGCCUCACGUCCUACUGCGAGGGCCACCUGAAGUCUCACUCAGCCAGGUUCACCAAGCACAAGCUGAUCGAGCCCGUCGCCAACAUGGAGGACAGGAUGUGUCCGAAGCACGAGAGGCUGCUGGAGCUGUUCUGCAAGAAGGACCAGACCUGCGUGUGCGUGCUCUGUACGGAGACGGACCACCGAUCGCACUACACCGUCCCCGUGGAGAGAGAGUGGACAGAGAAGAAGGCGCAGCUGAAGAGGACAGAAAUAGACGUGCAGCAGAUGAUCCAGGACCGAGUCAAGAAGGUGGAAGAGAUCAAACUCUCUGUGGAGCAACACAAAGCCAGUGCUCAGAGGGAGGUGGAGGAGAGUAUCCAGGUGGUGUCGGAGCUGGUGCGCUCCCUCCAGAAGACUCAGGCGGAGCUGGUGCUGGCCAUCGAGGAGAAGCAGAGGCAGACGGAGAGGUGGGCCGAGGGCCUCGUCGCUGAGCUGGAGCUGGAGAUCACCGAGCUGAAGAGGAGGAACACGGACCUGGAAAACGUGGCUCGGACCGACCACAUCCACUUCUUAAAGAGCUUCCCGGCCCUGAACACUCCUCCGUCGGUCAAAGACUGGUCUGGGACCAGCGUUCCCACUGACACGUGUGUCGGCAUGAUCAGGAGAUCUGUGUCCAAACUGGAGGCAACCUUAAAUGAAAUGAUCGGCAAACUUGCUGACAGUGAAAUCAAGAAGAUCCUGAAGUAUACAGUGGACGUGACUCUGGACCCGGACUCGGCCAACCCGUGGCUGCAGCUGUCUCAGGACAGACGUCAGGUGAGACACCUGGGCGCGUGGCAGGACCUCCCGGAGAACACCGACCGCUUCGACACGGUGGUCAUCGUCCUGGGACACGAGGGCUUCACCUCGGGGAGACAUUACUGGGAGGUUCUGGUGGGGGAAAAGGACGACUGGUACUUGGGCGUGGCCAGGGCUUCUGUCAACAGGAAGGGGAGGAUCUCUGUCAGCACCACCCAGGGCUACUGGGCCCUGGCCAUGAAGAAAGGCCAGGGGUACCGGGUGUCAACAUCCCCACCCAUACUGCUCCCCCUCGACCCCAAGCCCAAGAGAGUGGGUGUGUACGUGGACUACGAAGAGGGGCAACUGUCCUUUUACGACGUGAAGGCUCGGACCCAUAUUUACACAUUCAAAGAUACGUUCAGGGAGAAGAUCUUGCCCUUUUUCUACCUGUACUGCUGCGACAAAGCCUCUGACACCAUAGUGAUUUGUCCUGUAAAUGAGAAAAGCCUGAUCAAGCAAAGCUAAGGUCAAGUUUGACUGUCCGGACUCCUUA